CUUACAAGCCUAAUAUAUAUAAGAAACCAGAUAUCAUGCUCGUUUUAAUGUGUUUGUAUUCAGCGCUAGGUUUCGUUAGGUUUUUCGGCGCUAAUGUCUGCUGCAGUCCGUAGGUUAAAAAAGGAAUAUGAAACUCUUAUCAACUCAAGCAUCAAAAAUGUGAUUAGAAAUGUAACAUAUGAUGAACCAAACUUCCUAACAUGGACCGGAUUCAUAGUUUUGGACGAACCUCCCUAUAAUAAGGGUGCUUUCAAAAUUGAAAUCACUUUUCCUGUUGAAUAUCCUUUCAAACCUCCUAAGGUGAUAUUUAAAACACGCAUAUAUCAUCCAAAUAUUGAUGAGAAAGGUCAAAUAUGCCUACCAAUAAUUAACCCGGAAAACUGGAAACCUGCUACUAAAGUAGAACACGUUAUUCAAGCACUUGUUGCAAUGCUUCACGCACCGGAAGUUGAACAUGCUCUACGUUCAGAUUUAGCUGAAGAAUAUGCUAAGGAUCAAAAGAAAUUCUUCAAAAAUGCUGAAGAGUUUACACGGAAAUAUGCGGAGAAAAUUCCAAAUUUGUAAAUUUUGUAAUAACUAUUACAAAUUUUUGAUAAUCUCUUCAUGAUCACUUCAUCUUUUAUUUUGUUUCUUUUUCUUUGGUCCAACGUGAAGUAUUUUUUGUAACUUACACUAUUUCACUCGUAAUUAUGUUGUAUACACUGGCUUGUACACAGUUCAGCUGUAUGUUAGUUAGUGCCUGUAUUGCCAUUUUUCUUUUUAAUGUUAGGAAAGCUUUUGGCGAAGUUCAUUAGAACAGUGCACAUCACCGACAAAAGGUAUAGAGUGAUUAAUACAUCACUGAUCUUCAAAAACAGUGAAAUGUCUAAAUAAAUUAACGUAUAAUUUCAUUUCAUUUAAAUCAUUAUUUCAAAUACUUCUCUUGAUGCUACUAAUAUUUCAAAAUCUUUUGCUCUUCAAGCUUUUAUUCUAUUUUGACCAGUGCAUUACGUUUCUUUAAAGUGCACAAAAAUACUUGCAUAUACCAAUGACAUGAAUGCAUAUAAUUCCAACUUAUUGAAUUCAUAAUUCAAAGGCUCUGUUUUACAAUCAGGGUACAGACCAGUUAAAGAGUAGAAGUUAGAGGUUUUUUUAACGGUUUCUUUAUUGGACCGCGAAAUAAACGAUCCGUUUAAUCGAUAGAAUUUGAUUAGCACCAGGAUGGAGUUGACAUUGGCCACUAUUCAAUAAUCAGUCCAUCGUAAAUAUAUCUCAUCACGAAUAGCUCAGUGGUGACGUCUGUGAAGCUGGGUGACACAAUCGAAUUCCCCAGGGUGGGUCAGUUCCCUCAAGAUUACAGAUACACCCUGCUAACAAGUGUCAAAUGGUGCGAAACAUUGCAACUUGACCAAUAGAAUUCAGUUGGCACUAAGAAUAAUUUAACAUAUACGACAUAGAUCACUCAAUGAUCAAUUAAUUUUAAGGGUUUGUUUCUUAUCUAAACAUUAGGUCGUGUAAAACAAGUGCAACAUAUAUCUUCUCAAAGUCUCUAUCAAUCCGAUUUAUUUUACUUCAGGUUUCUUUUAAUGAGCAUGGGGGUAAAUAAAUAAAAAUCAUGAUAUAUUUUUACCUUUAGAAAGCAGAUAAGCUUUGUGGUGUGUCAUAUAUGUUGAAACUGGUACUCAUCAGUUAAGGGUGAUUUUUCUUAACAAGAUCUCAAAAAUUAUCGUUUAUCAUAAAACCGGUAUGUGAGAAAUGUGAAAGUUGCUUCAAGAGAGUAGAAUAAAUAAUCAAUCCAGGCGAUUGUAGGGAAGCGCUAACUUAGAAUCCUUAAGGGAAAAGUGAAAGACCAAGGAACACAUGUCAGGAAUUAGAAGCAGAUAUCAAAAGGAUAAAUAGCAACUGGAGAGGAUUGCCCAGGACGGAGACCAGUGGUGGGUGGCAUAUGCUCCUUCACAAGGAGUAGCAGGCUUAAGUAAGUGAUGUAAAACUACAAAUUCAACAACCUCCACAACCACUAAUGUUAACAAAUCAUGUAAAUGAUUUUAAGCGGUGAUUUCCAGAGUUGUAGUGAGAAGCUGUGACCAGUGAAUUUCAACCCUAUAAAGGUAAGAUAAAUAUCAUCGUAUCAAGUGGUUGUAAAACUUGACACAGUUAAAUCUAUACUUUAAUAUAAGAUAUAAGGUGAUAUUCGUUGAAUCCUGUGACGAUUAUUAAUACCGCUUGACUAAUUUCAAUAAAGUGUGUAUAAGUUGUCUGUAUGUUUAUAAAUCUAAAUUGAAUUAUAUGUAACAAAAAUUUUAGGUGUGUGAAAGUGAGUUUUGAUGUACUCUUCUCUUCACUACCCUUAGACUAAUCAAUAACGUUACUCUAAUCGUCCAAUGGAGAGCAUACUUUCGGAUCAGUAGGUAGUGGUUUUACACCAACUCCAACUAUUUCGAACAGAGGGUCCUAGAAGCUGUUUUCGGGUGUUAGAUUGUUCGUAAAAGUAAACCAUGGUUACGUCUUUUAACAGGAGGAAUAUUGUUUGUUGGUUUCUGAAGCUGUCGUACUUAACCUUGUGUGUACAACUCACGAAAAGAAAAUCAUAGUGUCUGCAUUAAGUAUCACCACGUGCUAAACUUAAAAUUCUGACCUCGAUUGUACUUUCAUUGAUAGCUGUUCAGCUACCAUGGAUAUUAACUUUCGGUUCACUAAAUAAUUCACUUAUCCUGCAUACCUCGCUUGUGUCUGUGAUUGCAUUACCUCAAUUUACAGUCACAUUUAAUAAGUUCAAAGUAACAUAACAAGUAAUCAAACUAAGUAACUAACAAUCUACUAUUCAUUUUGAUAAAAUCAUGGUUUGUCAGUUGUUACCCAAUAUCUAUGUUUCUCUGAAAAUUUUAUUUCUCUAGAUGUUCUUAACAGGCGUUUGAAAAAUUACCAAACAAUUUGUUCAGGUAUGUUUCGUUAUAGCCUCCUGAAAUCAAGUUUUAUCCAUAUUCAAAUUAUCUGAGAAACAUCACAGGUGGGCCGUUGAUCAAUUGACUGUCACAUUUUGAUCAUAGGAUCUAAAUGCUAUCCAUCAUGUGCUUAUUUGAAUAAUUGAUUACUUGAAUCCCUGAGAAUAUACUUGGAAUUCCAAUCUUGCCAUGUACAUGUAUGCGUUUGUUCAUCGAUCAAUGUACUGAAAUAUUGUAUUGAGUGCUACAUAUCGUUUGAUAUAAAAUUAUGUGCACAAAAUAUAAUUUCAGUUAGGCUAUCUGAAAUAUGCAGUGAUAACGAUCGAGGUUGAAAGGGGAUUUUAAUUGCAUCAGAAUUCGAACAAAUAACCUUUGGGCUGUUUGAAGUAGAUGUCUACUUACUAAUGAAUGAUUGAUCGUUGUUAAGUAAAUUUCGUAAUGGUAUACUAAAAAAUCAUCUGUCUUAAUAAUUGUGUAAAUGAAUCACACUUCAGGUUGCUAUGACUUUUCCAAUCAUCAACUAAUUAGUAAAAUAUACAUGGUUGAUAUUCAUGGAAGCAUUUCGAUGUAAAAAGAUUCUCAAUGCCCUCUAUAUUUGUCUUUCAGUAAUUAUAACUGUAUUAGAGGGUUAGUGAAAUUUUAAUGGAUUCGACUGAAGACCAAAACUUGAAAAACGAUGGUCUGAAUUAUCGUAGGUAUUUUUUCAGUGCAGUUCAAAAUGUACUGGAGUUUUCCAGGUUUAAAAAAAAGAUUCUUGUGUAAAUAUAUACUCUCUACCCAUACAAUGUAAUUAGAAUGAUGUAGUCUCGACUGUUGUAUGCUUUGAUCUCGACCAAGUUGGAAUACACUGAUUGGUCCAUAUUCAACUAGUCAAUGCCAGUGCACGAAUCGGUAGGUUAAGUGAUUCUUAUGUACAUUUUUAUAACUUUCUUUGUUCAAUCAAAUGCCCUGGUACGGCCGAGAGUGGGGAGAGUCCGCCCUCCCUCUCGAAAUGCUCUCACACGGCCACGCGUAUACAGCUUCUGCCAGUGAAGUCCUACUCACUGCCUUCUCGUGGUGGGGGUGUUUACAAAAUUCAGAAGACGAAAAGCGAAUGUCCGGCGCUUUAACCAGAUCGAAAACCAAUGGUGCACAUGGGCUCCAGUAUCCUGCAGGGACAAAUGGCGUAUGAACCAAUCGUUGGUCACCAGCUACCAUGAGAAUGCAUCUCACGAUGCUCCACUGCCUUGUGGAUCAGACCUUUAGGUCAAAGGCUCGGGUGUGACCCCGUAAGAAAACCACCUGCUUCGGUCUGGGCACCCGCGCAGUAUCACACACACACAAAUAUGGUGGGGCGCAUAUAUAUUUGGUGACCUCUUGUACCAAUAUUUAUGUUGAAAGAAAGAAAUAAAUCAAAAUGUAAGUUGUCCCCUCUUCAUUUUGACUUCUCGAGUUUUGGGUGAAGCAUGAUAUCCAAAGGAUACUAGACAGUAGAGAAAUUUGUUUUAUAAGGAACUUGUAUUAAUUAGUAUGUGAUUGUUAGUUUCUUUCGAUCAACUCUUUUGUUAACUGACAUCUUGUAAGCAAAUAAAUAUAACUAGGUAAGUGUUUUAUGAACAUGACAGAACGCUUACAAAUUCUUAUGUGCUAAUUCAUUAACGGUAGUUAUCGCGCUGUUUUAGAUCACUGCAUGGCUUAUAAAAUGUUAAUAAAGAAUAAUGAUUUCUGUAUGCGGUAAUCUAUUGCUCUCAUGCUUCUCUUUGUUCACUUAAUAGUCACUAAUUAUCAUAUCUCAGCUUAUUAUAUUUACCUCUAACUUAUUGAACUGCAAGCUAGGAGUUGUAAUUCUUUCCCGUAACUUGAUAUUAAAUGGUAUGUAAAAAUGCUGUGAGCUUUGCUAGAAUCGUUAUUACUAAGCGUGAAUACAGUUCACAUUAUACAAAAUAAUAUUAAAUUAACUCAUAUUCCAUUAGUAACUAGGAUAUGUUUACUCUGAAAUACUUGUGGAUGUAUUACCAUGUAAUUAUUAUCAGUAUUGCUACCGAAAUAUAUGAUCAGUAAGCUGUUUUAAUGUCUUAUGUGCUCAUCUGUAUUUUAAGGUCAUUUGAGUGGUAUAUAACCAAUAUUGACGAUAUCACUGCGCUCUAUCGCAUUAUAUCCGAAUACCCGGGAGCAUUAGGACUCGAUCUGUAUGGCUUUACCAUACCUUUGGACGAAAAUGAUAGAAAUAAUUGCUUAAUAUAGUCCUGUUGGUAGUAUCUCCUAGUCUUAAUCACCAUAUCAAUUAAUCUGGUUGAGAUUAAUCGUCUGUGACUAACACAAGUAGAUAAUGUGGUUGACAUGGUUCUAAGUUGUAAUGAUCAAAGGUAUAUCCACUUGAAUAGUGUGCUUUGGUUAUUAUUAAUAGUCUAUAACUUUUGUUUUUUAAGCUCCAUGGAGGGAUUAUCACAAUGCUUUUCGUAGUACGUUUUUAUUAAGUCUCCAAUUUGUUAAUCCGUAUAUAGUAAAACACGUUUCAAAUAAUCAAUUAUUUAGGAAUUUACUGUUAAAGUUACCACUCAGUUACCAAAGUGUCUUAACUUUCAGUUUAGAUAUGUCGGCAGAUAAUAACAUGUAGUUGAGAGACUUUGGGGGUUAGAUGAUAAACAAAUGUAGAUUUCUUUUAACUAAUUUAGUCUUAAUGAACAAAACGAAUCUUACAUAAUUUCGAGAACUUAUUGGCAAUAAGAAUAUUUGGAAUAUUCCCGUAUUGUAAAUUUAGAACAACAUAUAUAAGCGAACAAUGUUGUUUUCGACUAGGAUCUAAUCGAAAACAAUAUUGUUCUAAAUAAAAAUAUUGAUGAAAAGGAAGAGUCAAUUAACUAAUUUCAUAAAACCAAAGAGAAUACUUAUCCCACGCAUCCAUGAUUCGUCACAAUCUAUUAUGAUAGGGGUAUCUCGAUCUAUGGUUUUAAUAAUUCAGAUAUCACACUUGUUUGAUGAGGUAGUGAAUCUUCAUCGAUUGAAGUGGGUUGGACAUGUAUCGUGUCUUCUCAAACACCACGUCAAUAGACGACGUUAACUGAACGUUCGAAGCAACCAAAACAAAACGUAUCAUCACCUCAUGAACUCACUGUUAGAUUAAGCCGUGUAGGUGCAAACUAGCUGGUUGGAGUCUGGGCGAUUAUCUUUGACAGUGGUUGAAAACGUCGGAUAACAUAGUUCAGAAUUGGUAAUGAUGCUGUGGUGCGUGCUACUUAUAUUGAUAUAAGUAGUAUAUAACGUGAGUCAAAAGAACGUUACGUCUGGCAGCAGAAGAUGGAGAAGAUCAAGAAAAGAAGAGCGAGAAAACAAUGG